AAAUGCAAUAAUUGUAUUAUUCCUGGACUCAGUACAAAUGCUCAUAUAUAAAUAAUAUAAUUCUUCCAAACUUAAAAAGAAGAAAGUUCUUGCUUCCUUUUAGACCCAUCAUCAUCAUCACAGAGAGACUAAAAUAAAGGUGAAGAAGAAACCAGGAAGAAGAAGAGUGAUCUUUGAAAACACAUCUUACAUUUGAUCCUGCGAAUUAUGGAAGGAGAAGAAGUACUGAGGAGCAAGUGCCAAGACUGCGGGAACCAAGCGAAGAAAGGUUGUGAGUAUGAGAGAUGUAGAACUUGCUGCAACAUCAGAGGGUUUGAGUGCGAAACACAUGUUCACAGCACUUGGGUUCCUGUAGAUCACCGAAGACGCCAUAAGGAGCAUCAUCCUCCUUUCCCCAAAAGGCACAAACACAACAACCCUAAUUAUCCAGCAGAUAAAAAGGAGUUGAAGUUUCCAGGUUUGGUGAGCAUGACGGCGACGUUUCGAUGCGUACGAGUGCGAUCAAAUGAUGACUGGGUGAAUGAAUUAGCGUACCAUGCGUCGGUGAGGAUUGGAGGGCAUGUGUUUUGCGGUCUUCUUCAUGAUCAAGGCCCUUCUCUUGCUCAGACUUCCUCAGUCCCUCUUCUUCAGCAUAACAAUCUAAUCAACGUAGCAACACAGACGACCCAUAAUAUUGAUCCCGCAACAAUGGCUCCUCCAUUAUCAUCUUCUUCUGCUCGUGACUCUAUCUUUCAUCCAACACACCCUUUUCCCCUACCACCUUCUAUGCCUUAUUUCUCCAUCCCCCAACCGUAA